UUUCAGUUUCAUUUCUACCCAGUUCCUCUAGGGAAACUCCCUUGUGAAGACUAGUUUUCUGGCUUGGUGAGUGAAUCUUGCCCAUACCUGCAUCUGAUCUCCACUGAAUGAAGACUUCUGUACUUCAGCCUAAAGUAAUGGAGAAAGCUCUGAAAGAGGAACCUGAAGAUCCCCUGCAGGAGUCUGUGAGCAAGAACAGCCUCAGUUGUCAGGACAGAAGAAGCCGGGGGAGCGCUGCAAUGGAUUUUCCAGCGCAGGUGAACGUACAGAAGGAUGUGACCUGCCCCAUCUGCCUGGAUCUUCUGACAACGCCCCUGAGCCUGGACUGUGGCCACAGCUUCUGCCAAGCUUGCAUCACUGCAAAAAGCAAGGAGUCAGGGGCCAACCAAAGAGGGGAAAAGAACUGCCCAGUGUGCCAGCGUAAAUACCAGUUUUGGAAUCUCCGACCUAAUCAGCCCCUGGCCAACAUAGUGAAGAAAGUCAGGGAGAACAUGAGCCCACAGCAGAAAAAUCUCUGUAAGCACCAUGGAGAAAAACUCCUGAUCUUCUGUAAGGAGGAUGGGAAGGCCAUUUGCCAGCACUGUGCCCAGUCUGUGGAGCACCGUGGUCAUCAAAUAUUCUUCAUGGAAAAGGUGGUCAUGGAAUGUCAGGAAAAGCUCCAGGCAGCUCUGAAGAAGCUGAGGAAGGAGCAGCUGAAAAUGGAGGAGUUGGAAGCUGACAUCAGGGAGGAGAAAGCUUCCUGGAAGAGUCAUAUGCAGACUGAGAGACAGAGGAUUCUGAAAGGGUUUAAUGAAAUAAGAGGCACCCUGGACAGCGAGGAGAGGAGGGUGUUGCAAAAGCUGGAGGAAGACGAAGUGAAUGUGCUGGAUAACUUGGUAGUGGCCAAAGACCAGCUGGCCCGGCAGAAGCAGUGCUUGAGAGAGCUCAUCUCAGACAUCCAGCAUCAGAUAUGGGGGUCAUCAGCAGACAAAGUGCAGGAUAUGAUUAAUGUCAUGAAAAGGAGUGAGAGCUGGACCUUCAAGAAGCCAAACAUUGUUUCCAAGAAACUGAAGAGUACAUACUUAAUUCCAGAUUUGAGUGGGAUGCUGCAAGUGUUUAAAGAGCUGACAGAGGUCCGACGCUACUGGGUGGACGUGAUGCUGAAGCCAGUCAAUGAUAUUUCGAAUAUUGCCCUUUCUGCUGAUAAAAGACGAGUGAAAGCUGUGCACAACUUCUCGCUUAAAAAUAUAUUUCUAAGCGAUUUCUCUGCUUUUGAUGUCUUGGGCUGCCAGUGUUUCUCCUCAGGGAAGUAUUACUGGGAAGUAGAUGUGUCUGAGAAGAUUGCCUGGAUCCUUGGGGUGUACAGUAAAGCAAGAAACCUCAAGAGAAAAGGGAGCUCUGGGUUUGUUUUUGAUCCAAAUGUAAAACAUUCAGAUGUUUACUCUAGAUACACACCUCAAUUUGGCUACUGGGUUAUUGGGUUACAGAAUGGAUCUGAGUAUAAGGUCUUUGAGGAGUCUUCCACCUCUGAUUCCAAGGUCUUGACUCUUUUCAUGCCUGUUCCUCCUUGUCGUGUUGGGGUUUUCCUAGACCAUGAAGCACGUAUUGUCUCAUUUUUCAACGUCACAAACCAGGGGUCACUCAUCUACAAGUUUUCUAAUUGUCAGUUUUCUCAGACCACUUACCCAUAUUUCAAUCUUUGGAACUGUCAACACCCAAUCACCCUGUGCACACCGACUUCCUGAACCUUCUUAGUCCCUCUCCUACUUCUGUGUAGCGCCCCUUGUCCUGGGGUUCAUCUACACCUGAGCUCAUCUGCACCAUUCUGAACACAUCUUCUUUCUUUUCUCCAUCUUUCAUUUUAGAAUGUUUUUGGAAUAGUCUGCUAGGACUGCUGUAACAAAGUCCCCCCAAACAAAGGCUAACAACAGAAAUUUCUUGUCUCACAAUUCUGGAGGCUGAAGUCUGAGAGCAAGGUGUCAGCAGAGUUUGUUUUCUGAAGGCUGUGAGGGAAGGUUCUAUUCCUUGCCUUGCAGAUGGCUGUCUUCUCUCAGUAUCUAUUCAAAUCAUCUUCCCACUUUGCAUUUCUCUGUGCCUAAAUCUCCCUUUUUCUAAGGACACCAGUCAGAUUGGAAAAGGAGCCACCCUAAUUGCAUCAUUUUAAUUUAAUCACCCCUCUAAAGACCCUAUCUCCAAAAGGUCACAUUCUCAAGUAUUGGGGGUUAGGAUGGUAACAUAUAAAUUUGGGGGGAACACAAGUCAACUCCACAGUCUUUUAUACAUCCCUACCAUGCAGUGAAAGCUUGAUGUUUUCUUCCUAAUAUUUUGUUUUCAUUGGGGGAGAAUGCUUUAUUUUUCCUUAUUAGUUUUUGCUUAGUAUUAGGAGAGACUGCCUAUUUGCAAAGGGAACACAUCUAAUCCCUUCUAUAGAAAGAGCAGUAUUGCUGUACCUCCUCUGACAUCGCUUUUCCUCGUUCCCUCUGCUGUUGAAUGGAAUUAACAAAGGGAAAGUUAUCAAUUCUAUCUAAGUGCAUAGGACAUAGAACAAUGCAUAGGGAUCUGUCACUAGGUACUGGAUCCUUCAGAGUGGAUUGCCUUAUCAAUGGCACCCCUUUAUGUAUCACAGAGUUAAAGCAGAAGCACAUAAGUAAAAUUUUUAUCAAGAGUAGAUUUUUGGUGCUCAGAGUUUCUGAGGUCAAAUCUUGUCUCAUUACUUAAAAGCCGUGUAAACUUGAGCAACUUACUUAGCACCUCUUGGUCUCACUUUCCUAAAAUAAAAAUUGCUGUUAAGAUUGUACCUAUUUCCUAGGGUCACACUGAGAAACCAAAUUUUAUUAGAUGGGAAGCACUUACCUAAGAGUCUUAUUUGUAAGAAUCAAUAUUUUUAUUGUGGAAAAAUUAUAAGCUGUAUCGAUGAGAAACAAUUUGUUUUGUUUUGGUUUGGUUUGGUUUUGCUUUAAUAAAAUGAUAAUUGACUCUA